AUGCCACCGUCGAGCAUGUGGCCUUCAAUGCUGGUAGUGGCUUUUGUGGCGGUCCUGGUGGCGCUGGAUGGCGGAUGUGUUGAGCUUUACAUCAUGGAGAUUCUGGCCGCGAGCGUGGGUAUGGCUCUUGGAAAGCUGACCAUGGACAUGACCCAGCAGCCUGCCGUGCUUGCUUCUUGUCGCGGUGGCUUCACAUGGGCCAUGUCAUUUCUCCCUGCUGGACUGGGACUGGCAGUAUCCUCCUUGCAGCGCUGGCUCAUUCUCACGGCACAGGGUCCAUGGCACUUGGGACGCAACAUGUACCUGAACCAACUGCUCAUGGCAGACGAUUCACAAGGACUCCGUGGCCAUGAUAUGACAGGUAAGCCGAAGGGUGCCAUGGGCAGUUUGCAGCAAGAGGACCUGCUGCGGACUGUCCAGGUUGCUGUACAGAAUCGGAAAUGCAGGAAAGCCGAAGAGUGCUUCGAGCGCAUGCUGUGGGCUGGCUUCUCUGCAAGCUCCACGACAUACGAAUUGAUCCUUCAUGCCUGGAUCAAGGAAGGAAAUAUGCCAGCUGCUGAGCAGUGGCUCCGCAGAAUGAGAGCCAACGGGCACCAGCCCACUGAAACCUGCUACCUGGCAUUGCUUGCCAAAUAUUGCAAGGCCGGCGACCUACGUCCGGCGGAAUUGUUGCUGCCGCCGUUGUUGCAGGGCUCUCGAGGGCAAGCCCAGACCGUGGCAUGCACCAUGUUGAUUGACGCCUAUGGAAAGAUGGGGGAUGUUGAGGGCGCCGAGAGGAUCAUGCACCGGAUGCAGUCAGCCAGGGUCGAGGCAUCCAUCGUAAGCUUCGGUGCCAUGAUGGAUGCGUGCGCGAAAGCCGGUCAGCCACUUAAGGCGAUUGAGUGGCACCAUGUCAUGAUGGAGAAGGGUUUCUCUCCGAGCGUUCGCACCUUCACGGCUGUGGUGAACGCACAUGCAAAGGCCGGUGACUUGUGUGGUGCGCUCAAGGCCAUGCACGCCAUGCAAGCCUUCGGCGUGAAAGCAGAUACAAUGGCCUACAGCACUUUGUUGAGCGUUUGUGCCAGAAAGGGCAACAUCAAAUGUGCACAGACGGUUUUUGCCCUCAUGCGCAAGCAGAAGAUCCGGCCAAACAUCGUGUCGUACACAUCACUGGCCCGAGCAUUUGCGAAGAAUGGCAUGUGGUACGAAGUGGAGAUUUUGGGUGAGACCUUAGAGAGGGAGGGCCUUUGCAUCAACGACUUCUUUCUGUAUGCACUCCUGCUUGCGUAUUCGACUGCGAAGCCAAAGCAGAUGGCAAGGGCCGAGACCACCUUUCUUCGGGUUGUGCAGACUCAACACAUUGAGAUCAACAAGCACAUUCUGAGUGGACUUGCUCGUGCAGUUGGGUGCAGUCGUGCGAAGGAUUUGGUGUCUAUGACUGAGCGGUGCCAGUGCCAACAGAGAAACUCAUGA